UGUGUCUCUCUUUUUGAAAGUUUAUUAAGGAGAGACAACACCUUCUGAAGAUGAGAGUUGGAAUUGGAAGCAAGAGAAGAAGAGAGAGAUAGGGGGAGAGAGAGAGAGAGCCCCAUGGAAGAAAAAGCUGAAAGUUUAAAAGCAAGUUAAAAGAAAGCUGAGAGAGUAACCGAAAGAAAGAAAGCAAGAAAGCAAAGAUCUUUUUCCUUCUUCUUCCCUCCCCCCCGCCCCUCUCUCUCCUAUGCCUUCUAGCUGUCUUUUCUUCUUUCUCUCUUUGUUCCUCUCAUGAUCUCUCCAUUUACUUAAUCCUAUCACCAACAAUUCACCACUUUACCUCAACACACAGAGACACCCAUACCACUAUUAUAAGCAAGGAUCAUCACAGAACAAAAACCCCAUGUCAUCACUUCCAACGUCGGAGCAGUUUUCCACCGCAGAAAAUGGCGCCAAUACUACCAACAAAAGAAAGAGAAGACCCGCCGGAACACCAGAUCCAGAUGCGGAGGUGGUUUCGCUGUCGCCCAAGACGCUAUUGGAAUCGGACCGGUACGUGUGCGAGAUCUGUAACCAGGGGUUUCAGAGAGACCAGAACCUGCAGAUGCACAGGAGGAGGCACAAGGUGCCAUGGAAGCUGCUCAAGAGAGAGACGCCGGUGGUGAGGAAGAGGGUGUUUGUUUGCCCGGAGCCGACAUGCUUGCACCAUGACCCUUGCCACGCCCUCGGCGACCUCGUCGGAAUCAAGAAACACUUUCGCCGGAAGCAUAGCAACCACAAGCAAUGGGUCUGCCACCGCUGUUCUAAGGCCUACGCCGUCCAGUCCGAUUACAAGGCACAUCUCAAGACCUGUGGCACUCGCGGCCAUUCCUGUGAUUGUGGCCGAGUCUUCUCCAGGGUGGAGAGCUUCAUCGAACACCAAGAUGCGUGCAAUAUGGGGCGACUCCAGUCGGAGGGGCAGCCGCAGCAACCGGCGUGUCUAUCUCGAACUGCAUCGAGCCCCAGUCCGUCAAGCGAGACCAAUUUCAGCGCCGGUCCGGCCUGGCCUCCACCUGGUCUGGUGAUGACAAAGCCAAACGCGGAACCCACAUUCUUGCAGAACAAUAACCCUAUUAUUGCUCAUCAAACCUCGUCCAAGACCAACCAUCAAAACAACAAGCUCUACCCCAACCUGGACCUUCAGCUCUCAACCGCCACGCCGCCCAACGACGUCGCAAGAGACGACACCCAUUCGACCCAGUUACAGCUCUCAAUUGGGUCGUCGGACCUGAGCGACAAGAACGAAUCAAAUAGGACGAAUUCAUCACCAAAGGAGAGCAGUAACAGCAGCGAUAAGCCGCCGGGUGCGGUGGCGGCGCUGAUGGUGGAGAAGGCAUACGCGGAGGAGGCAAGGAAAGAAGCCAAGAGACAGAUGGAGGCGGCGGAGCAAGAGUUCGCGAACGCCAGGAGAAUAAGACAGCAAGCUCAAGCUGAACUGGAUAAAGCAUUCGCUUUGAAAGAGCAAGCGAUUAAGCAGAUCAAUUCAACUAUGCUUCAGAUCACAUGUCAAGCUUGUAAGCAACAGUUUCACCAGCAAGCUCAAAAAUUAAUAACGGAAGGUGGCCAAGUAUUAGACCACAACAACAACAACGGGAAAGAAAACCAUCACUAACUGAUAUCGAAACAUAUAUCAUCUCUCCCAAGUCUGGUUUUUUCUUCUUCUUUUUGGGUCUUACCCUCAUUAUAUAUCUUUGUGAAUUGGUAUACCGAGUAAGAAGUGAUGAUGUGAUUAUUGUGUACGUGGGAUUAGUGGGGUGUUUAAGUUUUUAGUUAAAUUCGGCACUACUACCAGCCAGCAGACUAUAAAACUAUGUUUUAAGGGUUUUGCUAGAAAGCUUUUCUUUUCUGAUCUUCCCCCCCCCCCCUUUUGUUUGUCUUUUCUAGCUAUUAUAUGGAUAUGAAUAUGAAUAAUCUCUAGCUCUUUGAUCUGUUGGCAGUAGUAAUGAUGAUAUGUAUUUUAUAUCUUGUAAUGAUCAGGCUGUUUUUACUCGAUCACUGCAUUGAAUGCACGAGAGAGUCUGAGAAAA